UUCCUUUUCAUUGAUAAAAACAAUAAACACACGCAUUAAUUACCGAACCACAAGUAACUUUCCAGUCGAAGAGUUACAAGAUUAUUUUUCUUAUUUUGACCAGCGUACUCUUUGUUUUGGAUUGCCGAAAAAUCCCUUAUAGGAACCGACCUAGAAGGGGCAUCAAAGACGUACAAUUUCAUUAUUUAGCAUUCGUCAGUUAUCAAUCGGGGUGUCAAAGGUCACAGAACUCGCUCAUAAAAGUUAUAAAAGAGAUUCUGGAGAUAAUUGUAAGUCAGUUGUCGUGCGAGAAUGGGUCGAAGAGGUCCUAUCCGAUUGGGCCUUGCCCUUGCACUUGUUUUAGUGGCUCAACAGACUUUUGCCGAUCAACGCUGCCGAACGGGCUGCAAAGGAAACUCUCAAGUAUUCAAAUAUGUUCCUGGAACCACGUACAAAUAUAAUUAUGAAGGAAAAAUAGACAUAACCUUAUCCUCAGCCGAAGGGCAAGUAUCAAGCACUGACGUAAAAGCUCUAGUAUUAUUGACACAAUUAGCUGACUGUAACCAACUUCUGAGGCUUCAAAACGUCCAAGUAACCACGAGUAAUGGAAAGAAGCACGGCCACAUUCCAGACGUGGAAAAAGCCGUACAGCUCAACUUCCACGACGGACACCUCGAGGACAGCAUCUGCGCAGAACCUGAUGAUACUCAGAACUCUCUCAACAUCAAGAGAGCGAUUGCUUCCCUCUUCCAAGCAGAUCUCAAGAGCGGUCACGAAACAGACAUCUUCGGUGUAUGUCCAACCGAAGUCGUCCAACACCACGAAUCUGGCGAUCUGGUCAUCCAAAAGAGCCGUGAUUUGAACAAAUGCGCUUACAGAGAAAACCUAAGACAAGAUUUCUUCUCUACCACUUUCAAUUUGAACAGCGAAAUCAAAUCAAGUCCCAUUCUCAACGGAGAUUACAACGCCAAAAUAAGAAUCAAAAACGGAAUUUUGAACCAAGCACAAGUGGUCGAAAACUAUUUGUACAUUCCUUUCUCGGUCGGUAAGAACGGCGCUAGAGCUGAAAUUACCAGCAAACUCCAUCUGGCUGGUACGUCCAGAGAUAGUCCAAAAUCUGCGGUUUCUGUACCAAAAUCGAUCAUCUUCGAUAACCCGCAUCCCAUUGUGGCUCAAACUAGCAACGUUAACACCAUCUUGAACGCCGUCAAAGAAGUAGUCAAAAGCAUCGAUAUCGUUGUAGGAGAACACACAGCUAAAGAAUUCGUUACAUUAAUCAAGACAGUAAGAGCAGCGAAAAAAGACGACCUUCUGGCCGUAUACAAUCAAGUAAGAUCAGGAGUAGGAUUUAGCGACAAAGUAAUAGCUAAGAAAAUCUUUUUGGAUGCUCUUUUGCAAGCUGGUGUUGGCGAUGCCGUCGAAGUUGCUAUAACUUUAUUGAAGAGUCACGAACUUAGCGAAGUUGAAAAGGAAUUGGUUUAUGUUGGAUUAUCGUUGGUGAGGCAUUCUACCGUAGGAGCAAUCAAAACUGCAAUUCAAUUAUUGAACCUGCACGACCUUCCGCAAGAAGCUUACUUAGGAAUCGGUAACUUAGUUGGCAGUUACUGCAGACAACACUCAUGCGACAACGUAGAAGCAGUCAACGAAAUAACCACGAAGUUGGCUACAAAAUUAACUCAUCCUAAAACCACCAACAAGAAAGAGGAAAACGAAAUCAUCUUGGUAUUGAAGAGUUUAGCGAAUUUCGGUCAUCUCAAUGAUGUUAUUGCACAAAAAGUAAUCGAUAUCGCUAAAAAUAAGCAAGCCUCCGAUAGAUUAAGGGCUGUAGCUUUGGAGACUUACCUUUCGGAUCCUUGCAAGGACAAAAUUAGGAACAGCGCGUUAGCAAUCUUACAGGAUAUCCAACAAGAUUCUGAAAUCAGGAUUAAGGCUUAUUUGGCUUUGGCGCAAUGUCCCAAUGCCAAAAUCGGUAAUGCUGUGAAAGCUUUGUUAGAGAAGGAGCUCAGUUAUCAAGUUGGUGGAUUCAUCGCUUCCCAUGUUCGUAACCUCAAAGCUUCCGCUAAUCCAGACAAGCAGCUAGCUAGACAAUUCCUCAACUUCAAUGUUCCCAAAAAAUUCCCAAUUGAUUUCAGAAAAUGGUCAUACAACGGAGAAGUAUCAUACGCAGUUGACACACUCGGAAUCGGUGCUUCCACCGAAGCCAACAUCAUUUACUCCCAAGAAUCCUUCUUGCCCAGGUCUACCAGCCUAAAUGUAACCGCCGAAGUCUUCGGACAUACCUUCAACUUCCUGGAAAUCCACACUAGACAAGAAAACUUGGACAGACUCGUCGAGCACUACUUCGGACCUAAAGGUGUACUCAGAAGCUCAUCUCUCGGAGAACUCUUGAAGAACAAAGACAAAGUUUCCACUAAAUUUUGGAGAGACCUCAAUUCGAAACUCGAAGCUAGUCUAAGAGCCAGACGCGACGUAUCCAGAGCCGAAAUCGACAAUAUUGGCAAAAGUGUUCAAAUUAAAGAAAACGUUUUGAACAAGGAUCUCGAUCUCGAUGUCAGUAUUAAGGCUUUCGGUUCAGAAAUUUUGUACAGAAAUUUGAACGUUUAUCAACAAGGACUCACCCCAGAAGCUGUUACCGAUAACGUUGUGAAGCGUUUCAAUGAAGGAUUGAACCAACUUAAAAAUUUCCAAGAAACCUUCCGUACCAACCUUCUCUUCCUCGAUGUCGAAUUAGACUACCCAACAUCUCUUGGUUUCCCUCUCCGCCUGGCCGUAGAAGGAUCAUCAAACACUCAACUAAAAGCCGAAGGAGGUAUCGAUGUUCGCGCUUUGGUUAACAGCAAAGACACCAAUAUCAACGUCAAACUCAUCCCCAGUGCCAGCAUCGAAGUAACCGGAAGACUCACUUUAGACGCUUUAGUAGUCGAAAACGGUCUCAAAGUAGUCUCGAAUCUCUACACCGCAACAGGAGGCGAUCUCAAAAUCGAUCUCUCAAACGGACUGAGCGGCGUUAACGUCAAACUUGGUCUACCCGUUAAAAUUCAAAAAUUGCUAUCGGCCAAUCACGAAAUCGUUUUCGAAUCUAGAGAGCAAUCUGGAGCUUCUGCAGUUAUCCCGCUUAAGUUCGCCCAAGCCAAAGAUUUUUCCAUCUGUUUAGACCAACUCAGUCCAUUCAUCGGUUUGGCUUUUUGCGCUGAAAUCAACGGCCCCAAUGUAGCUGGUAAACAAGUUCCAGUCUUACCGUUCCCUCUAGCUGGAGACGCUAAAGUCGUCAUCAGUAUUGAAAACGAAGAUGUCAAAGAAUACCAUUUCAAGGCUGUCAAUAAAGAUUUCGUCUCUGGUAAUGUACUAAUCGAAACUAUUGGUCUAAAUGGUCAGAAAAAAGUGAGCGUUGAAUUGCAAGGCGAACUCCAUCCGCAAAAAUUCAUCAAAGCUAUUUUCUCAUCGCCUGGUAAAUCAGCUAUUGCCGAAGCCAGAUUAAUCAACACCAAUCAAGAAAAAUCUUUGCUACUUAAAGCCGGUCAAGAUAACAUCGAAACUUAUCUAAAGUUCGGAGUCGGCAUCUCAGGCUCUCCGAGUCAACAGGUUUACAAUCCAAUUCUCGAAUACAAAACACCGGAGGGUAGCCAACAGGCUGUACGCGUUGAGGGAAGAAUCAUCGCUGAACAAAAUGGUGCAAUCAGAAAAUAUAUUUUCGAUAAUAUCAAAAUGCAUUUGCCAAACCAGAAAGUUAUCGGUUUGAAUGGAAAUAUUGGAGAGGAAAGACCCCAUGAGAUCUUCAGUGAUUUGACUAUUUCCGAAGGACAAAACUCUGGAUCAGUGAAAGGUCGCUUACACGUAGACUCCAAUUUGCUCAAACUAAACGCAGAAGUAAAGAACAGCAUCAACCCAGCUUUUAACUUCCACGUUAAAGGAGAGGUAAAAAAAUCGCCUGACUCAACCGAAGUAGACAGCAAUUGGCAGCUCAUCCAUGGUCAGGACCUAGCUUCAAAAACCAACAUCAUCACUGUUGUCAACAGCUUGGUCAAAAAACUGAAGAAUCCCCACGAUUUCACUAUUGCCUCUAAGAACAAAUUCACUUAUCCUCUAUUGGGAAUUCACUUGGUCGCUGAUUAUGGACAAACGCUAAAAACUUUGGACUACAACUUUGACUUUCAAUAUAACGAUAUCAAAUUCGGUACAGAACUCGAUUUUGAAAUUAACAAAAAGACUCACGGAGAUUUCGAUUUAGAAUUCGAAAUACACGGCUUGGAAAACAAGGUCGAAUUCAAAGCAAACAGAGAAGUGCAAGAAGGAGAAAAAUCUAAAAUCGAUAAUGAAUUGACAGUAAACGGAAUGAAACUAGCAGUUAAAGGAUUGAUCUUACACAACAUCAAACCAUCGAACAUCGAUGUCGGCGCUGAUUUAACAGUUGUUUUACCAACGCACCCUACACCUUUCAAAGUUGACAGCGGUCUACGCGUCAACCCCACCGAAUUGGACGUUCAUCACAAAGUAAUCAGCGGCAACACUGUCGUAAUCGACGCUUUCAUCAAAGCUAAUAAAAAUGGAAACGCCAACGCCAGCAUCAAAGUUCAUAUUAAAAACCUAUUGGAAGUUAACGGUCAACUAAAAGCCGUUAAAGGAAGCGGAAAUGCUCACGUUCAAAUAGACGCACAGUCCAUUAAGAAACAAUUGAGGUUAGAAAGCACUUUCGACGUUCAACCUGGUACUAUUUAUAACAUUGUUCUUACUUUGUAUCCCAAUCAUGGUCAAGAUAAAACCCAGAAACUUAUUUUGUCUACCAACACUAAACUCAGCCCCACCAGUUUAGACUCGAAGAACAGCUUGAAUCUUCUGGGAAAAGUAUUGGAAGUAAACCUACAGGGCAACAAAAACUGGAACGAAGCCGACGGUAAACACAAUGCGGAAAUCGAAAUCAUCCUUCCCAACGACCAAUAUUUAUUGGGUAAAGCCAAUGGACACUACACCAGACACGGUGAAGCUUUCAACGGACAAGGUUUGGCCAGCUUGGAAUACAGAAAGAAUAAAAAUAACGCUGGACGUAAAUUGAGCUUGUCUUCUAACUACAAGAACGUCGAUCCUAAAGCUGGAUUAUACGAUAUAACGUACAAUAUUGCCGCUGACGAUGCAAACGGAAAUAAUAUUAACACUGAUUUGACGUUCAAGGUUCAAAAACAAGCAGAAAAACGUGUAAUUGACACUUCAUGCAAAAUUUACGGAUCAGUCCUGAAACAACCAAUUUCAUCCAGUCUGUAUUUCUCAUACCUGAAAGGAUCUGGUGAAUAUCGUCUCAGUUCUUCAUACGGUCCAAACACUGACGGAAAGAUCGGUGGAAAAUACGACGUACGUGGAGGCGAAUCUCCAUACCUCGGUGAAAUUGAACUCGAUUUGACGUUGCCGAACCCUAGUUUGAAAUCGUUGAAGACCAAAUUAUCUGGAUCCGUGCUGGUUCCAAAAGAAUACACUGAUGAAUUGAAAGUACAAGGUGCCGCGAGCGUUUUCGCUAAAAGUGAUUCUCAAACUUUGGUAGACUUCAGCUCAGAUGGACAAGUCAGAGCCAGCGAUAAAGAUGGUGAACUCAAAGGAAAUCUUAAAUCAACCAAACUUGGACCCGUAUCUGUAAUAGCUGGAUACAGUCAGAAAGAAGAAGGUACCAAAAAGAUAAGCAACGGAAACGUAGCCUUACAAUACGACGGCAAACAUCUGAAAUACGAAGGAUCUUUAAUUAGACUCAACGAUAACGAAUACAAAUUGGAAGCAGACAUCGAGACACCGUUCAACAACUUCAAGAAAAACUCCAUUAAAGUUCAUACCAAGCAUUCAGAAGACGGUAAAGGCAUUACGAGCAAAAUCGAAGCCAGUCACGAUGGCAAAAAAGCCGUCGUUGAUACCGAAAUUAAAGCCUCAGACAUCGCACCCUUACUAGACGUUAAAAUCAACUACCCCGACAUCAAGAACGUUGUUAUUCACUUAGAUGCCAACAAAGUUAGCGACAAAGAAUUCGGAGUUAACUACAAAAUGUUAUUAGAAAAAUGCGAUUUCCUACUAGAAGGUAGCUUAGAUGCUAACUUAGCAGACAUCGAAAAUUUCUACGUAAAAGGAAACAUCAACUCCCCCAAAAUGGACAUGGAUAAGAUCACUUUCGAAGCCAAUAACAAACCAGGCAAAACAGGCAAGAGAAUCCAAAUCAACAUUAAAUCCGCUGGAAAAAAUAUGGUUAGCGGCAGCACCUCUUACACGGCUCACGAAGAACACGGUAAAUACAUCAUCGAAGGUUCGGGAUCCCUUAAAGUCAAGGAAGAAACCAAAGCGGCCAACUUCAAGUACAUUUCCCAACAAUUGACUCUGGAGAAGAACGGCGAACAAGGUUUAGAAGUUUCCUUCGAUGCCGGAGUAGGAGAUAAAGCCAUCGAUGUCGAAGUCAAGGUUACCAACAAGCAAUUCAGAAUUUCUAACUCGUAUUGCGAAAAGAAGAAGGAAUGUGCGCACUUCGAGUAUGAUUCGAAAAUAAACCAAAAUGACGCAGACAAAUUUAACCACGUUUUGGAAGUAACAGUCGAUCUGCGUAAACUCGGCAUUAGAAACGAAUUUGGUCUUAAAUCAGUGACCACAAGAAACAACUACGUCCUUGACCACACCGUUGACAUCCACUUCCAAAGCCCCGAAAACAGCAAGUACCAAUACAGCGUCUACCUCCAUCCUCAAGAAGCCGGAGUCUCUCUUACCACUCCCAAGAGAAUUAUCGCGCUAGAAGGACAUUUCAAAGGACCCAAAAAUGUAAAACAAGCCGGAGGCAAACUAUCUGCCGAAGUAGCGUUCUACCUCGAUAAGAAGAACCAUCCUAACCAGAAGGCUGCUGUAAAUGCUUGGGUGUCCGCUGAUGCUCAUAAAUCUAAAGGAAGUCUUAAUGGAGAAGUUAAGUUUUCCCAUCCUGGACUUCAAAGGCCCUUAUCUAUUUCUGUCCAAUCCACUGGAGCUGAACUAAACAAGCAAGGUUCCAUUGUAUUAACGAUUGAUAUCUUCGCUCAACCGAACCAAAAGAUCGUCUCUGAAUACAAAGUACAUCCAAAUGUAGACACCCAAAAGUCUCACUACACUUUUGAAUCGAGUGUGACAGUCAAAAGCAGCGGUCUCGGUAUCGAUAUCGUGACAUCCGAACAAAUGAACGUAGACAGAAAAACCUAUUCCGGAGAAUACAACGGUAGAGUCAAAUACAAUGUUGGAAAAUCAAAUUACGACAGUCAACUAAUACUUAAAGGAGGCAAAGGAGCUUCACAUUUGUUGUUGAGAUUACUUAACGUCGUUAUUGUUAAAGUGGAUAACAAGUAUACUCACAAUAAAGAGGAACUGGCUGUCGAUUCUGAAAUUGUUUCUUUAGAUAACAGACCCGUUGUCAGUCGUUUGGAGAUCAAGAGAUUCAACACCGCCGCUUUUACAGUAGGAUGGAAAGACACUCCCAAAUCGAAAGUAUCACUCCACGCCGGACUAAUUCCCGGACAAAUCGCCGAUUUACGUGCCGACCACAUCACAGGAUCCGGCAAAGUCAACCUCUACCAAGUAACUCUUAAACUCGACGACGCUCACUUCCUCAAACCCGAUUACAACAUUAAUUCCAAAGCAAUCGAAGUCGUUCUCGGCAAAACGAAGAACCAAAUCCAAGCGCUUCUCAAGGCCAUCGAGGACACCGGAAAAGAAUUUAACAAAGAUAUUCGCAAAGAGGCCGGCCAGCUGUCGGAACUCACCAGAAAAGCUUCACCGAACCUGCAACCGUUAAAACAAUUCUACGAAUCAGAAUUGCAGAAAUUCAAAAACGAAAUCAUCGAAGAUAAGUCGUUGCUGGAAUUCGGAGAACUCAUCAAGUCGAUCAUAUUCGCCGUAACUGACGUCGGCAGCAUUAUCGUUGUAAAAGUUGCUGAAGUCGUCGAAGCAGUUGCUCACGCUGUUCAAACUGUUCUAGUCGCUUUCAUCGAAUCAAUCGAGAAACACAUCAUUCCAGCAUUUAGGGAAGUUAUAGAAAGGAUCACUAGUAUCGUUGUUGACAUCGUUAACACUUUGGUUGAUAUCGCUGCUACGAUUUUAGCUUCUAUCAGUCAAGUUGUUGAAAAAUACCAACCGGAAAUCAAACAAAUCAUCGCUACGUUCGGUGAACUCAGUCAAGAUAUUGGAAGGUUCAUUCAAAAAGCUUAUGAACAAGUUAGAAAGAUUAUCUCCAAUUUGUACAAAAAGAUCGUAGAAGAACUUAAAGCUAUACCAGUCUUUGAAGAACUUCAAGCACAAUGGGAAGACUUUGUAAAGAAUGGCCUACCUAACGUUGAAGGCGUUAUUGGUGGACUCAAAGAAGUUGCAGCUACCAUCAAGGAUCUGAUUCCACCCGAAAUUCCAGUGUCAGAAGAAAUGAUCGAAGUUAUUGACCUAACAGUUGAUUAUAUAGAAAAGAAAAUUAAACAACAACCUGUCGACGAUAUAGCGUUCUUGGACAAAUUGAUCAAUAUUUACAUCAAAUUGGGCAAGAAGAUUUUGAAUGUUCUUACAGCUUCAACGGCCGACUUGCAACAACCUCAAUUUUCUCUUUCAUUGGACUUCUUCAAGAAACUACCCAAGCUUGUAGCUGUCAGAUUCUCCCCAAUUGACUACCUUCUUAGAGAAGAUCCAUCCAAAGAUGUCGCUAAGUUUGCUUUAUCUCUUUUGAACAAUCCAAGGCAAUGGGUACCACCCUUCCCACUAUUUGGACAAGUCGCUAGUGCACAUAUCUUCACAUUUGAUGGAAAAUACUUGAACUUACCUGCCAAUUGCAAAUAUCUUUUGGCAAGAGACGCCGUAAACGGAAACUUUACUAUCGUCGGUACCUGGACUAAUGGACGCAUCAGUGCUAUCACACUUGCCGACCAUCAUGAUUCAAUCACUGCUAACAGUAAUGGAAAAGUAACAUUAAAUAACGCUCACGUUGAACUACCAGUCCGCAAAGGAGAACUACAAGCCUACUUGACUUACGAAUCGAUCACCAUGAAAUCUAAGGCAGGCGUCAAAGUUUACUGUGCACAAGAUUUGCGCGGAUGCACCUUCUAUAUCUCAGGCUUCUACCACGCUCAACUUAAAGGUCUUUUAGGAGUAGGUAACAACGAGCCCUACGAUGACUUCACUAUUCCUAACGGCAAAAUCGUAACGUCUGAAGGUGAAUUCGGUAAUUCGUACAAGAUCGGUAACUGUCAACCAGUUGUAGUACCAGCUCCAGUUGCUAAUAAUCCAGUUUGUGAUAAGCUUUUUGGAUGGGACUCAUCUAUGAGGUUGUGCUAUCCGUUUGUUGAUGUCGAUCUUUAUAAGACUGCUUGCGCCCAAGGUUUAGCUGUUAAUGCACCAGAUACGGAAUGGCAAGCCGCUAUUGGUUAUACUAUCGCGUGCUGGCAUCACAACAUUCCAGUCAGCAUUCCCGCACAUUUAAUGAAAUGUACCAAUGGCGCAGAAGUUCGUACCCUUGGCGAUAAAUUCAGUGUAAAAGUCCCCGGAAAAGCUGCCGAUAUCAUCUUAUUGGUCGAUACUAUCAAGUCCAACGAACCAGUCUACAAUGAUUUAGUAAAACCCCUCGUUCAGGAAAUUACCAAAGGACUAGCUGCCAAAGGAAUCAACGACGUCGAAUUCCAUCUCAUCACCUACGGAGGCGAAAACCAAUGGCCCAGCCAUGUUACAGUCAAUGGAAAACUCACAUUCAAAGGAAAAGCACCCGAAAUAAAAUUCUCAGAAGCACCCAAAGACGAUUACUAUGGCGUGGAAUCCUUGGAAGGUACAUUAAAAGACAUCCAAUUGGCUUUAGGACUAGAUCUGCAAGCUAGAACUUACAGUGAAGGAUACGGCUAUCCAUUCCGAGCUCAUGCAACCAAAAGUAUUGUGGCUGUUACCAGCAGACCUUGCGAAGUAGGAAAGCUAUUCCCAUUGCAGAAACUUAGGACGCUACUCUUCAAAAACAAUCAAAUUUCACUCACAUUGGUUACUCCAUUCGAAGGACUUAGCGUCAAAGAUCCCAAGAAGACUAAAGAUGUUAUUGGAUUCAAUGAUGUUCAUGUCUUUACCGUAUCUCAAGGCAAGAAAAAGCCCGAGGGUUCAGCUGAACUCUACAAGGAUCUUCAAUACAACGACUACUGUGUAGAUUUUACUCUUAAGAACCGCGGAAACGUUUUCGUCACCGACAACUUCCUAGAAGGUAAACCAGAAGUAAGGAAACAAUUCGUUCACAUCGCUUCGCACAACAUUGUAGAAGAAGCGACGAACCUCGAAGAAGGCUUAGACUGUGAAUGUCGAGCCACCGGUCCAUUCACAGCAGACAACGUGUGCAAAGAAACAUAUUCCAAAGAGAGAAACUCACCGAAAAAAGCAGCUGUGAAGGCGUGAGAUGAGCAGAGAUGAGUUUUAGUUUUAAGUUACCAAUAAGACUAUGAAAUUAAGUUAUGUAUAGUUAGGUAUACAUUAUAUUUUUUACAUCACGGUAUUGAAAAUUGUAUAAAUUAUAUUUAUGCACAUAUAACAUACAGAACUAAUAAAUACAAUUUUUCCAUGAAGUGUU